AUGGCUUUGUUAACUGAUGCUGAUAAGAAGAAUAUCCAACACAUCUGGGCAAAGUUAUUUGAGAAUCCAGAAGAGAAUGGCAAAACAAUUGUGAUCAAACUCUUCAAAGAUUAUCCUGAGACAAAAGCAUACUUCAAGAACAUCCCGACUGAAGGCAACCUGCAGGAGGAUCCGCUGGUGCGUUUCCAUGGCCGGAGAGUCAUGGUUGCCCUCAACCAGGUGGUUGAAAACCUGGACAAUUGGAAGCAGGCCUGCAGGAUUCUGGACCGUCUAGCAGACAAGCACAAGAAUGUGCACCAAGUGCCAGCAGUGAAUUUCCAGAGCAUGUUUCAGGUGAUCCUGAAUGUCUGCAAAGACGUCCUGGGAAAUGAAUUCAGCACAGAGGUGUCUCUCUCCUGGGAGAAGCUCUUUGGUCUGCUCUCUGAACAAAUAAAUGCAUCUUAUGUAAGCACUUCCAAGUCCUGA